ACAAAGGUUAGAUCAACUGUUAGCGGAGUCACAAACCAAAUCGUCCAAACCAAUAACAAGAUCCAACAAAGGACACACAGAUGUCAUCACAAACCAAGAAAGAGAAAACCUGACGAACGUAAAAGCUCAGAAAAAAAGUAACAAGCCAUCUGACAGGGUGAUAGAAAACAACAAGCAAAAAAAACAAGUUGACAAGGAGGGUAACACAGUCCAGGACAAAAAACCCGAAACAAGCCAAUCAUUAAACCAACGAAACGACGAAAAAGAAAAAGACAUCAGGACAAAGGUUGCAAAAAAAUCGAAACAGGACGUAAUCACAGGGACAGCUAGAGUAGAUGAGGCUGACGGCUUCAGAGGCGCCCGUAAGAUGGGAUGGCUGUUUGUUGGCCGUGCAACAAGUACUACGACAGAAGAUAAAGUAUCAAAUUAUCUCAAACAACUACAUCCUGAUGAACAUUUCACCGUGGAAGAACUACCCAAGCACAUCAACAAUAAGAGUCAAAAUAAAUCCUUUAAAGUUGGACUACGAUUUGAAUUAGUAGAAGAAAUGAUGAAACCUGAGUCGUGGCCCGAAAACCUAACCAUACAGAGGUUCAAGUUUUUUCGAAGACCCCAACAAAUCGGUAGGUUUUGAAAACCUAACCACAAUAAUAAACUAUAACAUACAAUCACUAUCGAAAAAAAUAGACGCACUGACUAUACAGUUAACAGAAGACGAAGUAGACAUUGUAAUUAUCACUGAGCACUGGUGCAAGGACAACACCCUGGAAAGCUUAACCAUCCCAGGAUAUAAUAUUAUAAGCCACUUUAGCAGAUCACUUAACCAGCAUGGCGGAUCCUUAAUCGCAACAAGGGAGGGUAUUUCCGCAAAAAAUAUUGAAGGCAUUAGACCCUUAUGUGAAGAAUUCACUGCAGAAAUCUCAGCUGCUGAGAUUCCUUCAAAAAACUUAAUAAUAAUGGCGGUAUAUCGAUCUCCAAAUCAGAACUUCAAGCACUUCAUAGAUAAAAUUAAUGAAGCACUAGAAAACCUGACACAAAGGAACCACUCUAGACGAUACAUUGUCGCUGGGGACUUUAACACCAAUAUUCUCAAGGAUGGCGUCGAACAAUCUUUAUUAAUCGAAACUUUCACAACAUAUGGUAUGCAACCACUAAUGAGAGAGGCAUCUAGAACAACUGAAACUUCUUCUAGCUGCAUAGAUAAUAUAUUUUCAAAUAUUAACAUAGAAGAAAUCUUCUCAAAAGAGACAAAAAGUUGGUGCAUGUCUGAUCACUACUGUCAAGUCCUGAAGAUUAAGAACCCAGUGCAAGAACCUAGAAAACCAGAAAAACAUAUAUACAGAAGAAUAAAUGAACAGAAUACUUACUACUUUAAGGAGUACUUAACCGGAAUUGAGUGGGCUCGUGUCUUCAAACACCGUAAUGCAAAAGAGGCCUACACUGUCUUCCAUACAACUCUGACAGCUGCCUUUGACAAAUUCUUCCCUAGAAAAGAAAAAAUUAAUAAACCAAAAUUCAAUAAGAGACCUACGUGGAUUAGUAAAAAAAUCAUGAGUAUGAAAAAUACACUAGAAGCUCUACAAACAAUAGCAAGAGUUGAGAAAAGCCAACAAUCAGCUGAGGUCUUCAAGUCAUAUAAACGCAGCUACUUCCAAGAAAUUGAAGAAAACCACAGAAACUACAACGCUUAUAUCCUAAACAAUGCUGAUAAUAAGCAAAAAGCCAUUUGGAAAAUCAUCAAUACAAAAACGAAGACAAGCAAUACCAAAGAAUGCAAAUUGAAUGCCGACGACCUCAAUCUCUACUUUGCCACGAUAGGAGAGAAAACGUCAGACAGUAUAAAAAAAAUCGACAAAGAUCCUUGUGAUUUCCUCAAGGCGUGUAAAAGCAAUGCAAAAUCGUUUUGGUUAGCGCCUGUUAGUGAAGAAGAGGUCACAAGACUGAUAAGAUCCUUAAAAUGCAAAAACUCCAAAGAUGUGUACGAUAUGUCUACGUCAUUUUUGAAAGAAAUACUCCUAGAAAUUACAAAUCCACUUACUAUGCUCAUAAACAAAAGUUUUAUUGAAGGAUACUUUCCUGACGAGUUAAAGGUGGCAAAAAUUAUUCCGGUUCCAAAAGAAAAAGGCGAAGUAGAAAACAUCAACAAAUUUAGACCAAUCUCUAUUCUACCUACAAUUUCAAAAGUCUUCGAGGCUGCUCUGAAGAAUCGUUUAAUGAAGUAUCUUGAGCAAAAUGACUUAUUUAGUGAGUCACAACAUGGCUAUAGAAGUGGUAGAUCAACCAUUACUGCAGCAUUGGAUCUAUACAAGAAAAUAACAAGAGCCCUAGAUAACCGAGAAAUGGUAGAAGUAGCGAUGUGCGAUCUAAGCAAAGCGUUUGACACCCUGCCACACAAGUUGAUUCUACAAAAAUUACAACACUAUGGGAUACGAGGGAUCACGCAAGAAAUUUUUAAGUCCUACCUUGAAAAUAGAACCCAGAUAGUAAAAUGGAAUGAAAAAUGGUCAAAGCCUCUGCCAACAAGGUGUGGAGUGCCCCAGGGAUCAAUCCUCGGUCCACUGCUAUUUAUAAUCUAUGUAAAUGACUUGCCUAUCAAUAUGAGAGUGGAUGGACAGUGUCUAUAUGCGGACGACACUUCCUUCUGCAUCAAAGAAGAAACAGAGGAUACGCUAAAACCAAAAAUGAGAAAAAUCCUUGAAGAUGCCAAUGAAUGGUUCACAGCAAAUAAACUGAAACUCAAUGGAGACAAGACUCAGGAACUAUUUAUAUCUUCAAAACCCACCAACGUCACAUCGGUAAAAUUCUUGGGAUUUUACCUAAAUAGCAAAGCAUCUUGGAAGGACCACAUUCAGGAAACCUGCAAAAACCUAGCAUCAGCUUUAUUCAGUAUCAGAAGAAUCAAGAAUAUCUCAACUCCCCAAGCUGCAAGGGUGACAUACUUUGCUAACUUCCACAGCAAAGCCACCUAUGGUAUACUUCUAUGGGGUACUUCAUCAGAUGCUGACAAGAUCUUCGUCCUGCAAAAGAAAGCAAUCAGAAUCCUGUGCCAAAUGAACUAUCGGGAAAGCUGCCGCCCAGCCUUCAAACAACAACAAAUUCUUACCAUCCCUUCCGCGUACAUAUUGAGCUGUCUGAGGUACGUCCACAACCACCUCCACGAGUUCAUCAAGAAUGGCUCAUAUCACGAGCAUAACACAAGACACGCUGACGCGCUCUCAACACCGUACCAUCGGCUUAAAGUGUCACAGCACAGCAUUGACCAUUGGGGCCCGAAGCUUUAUAACAAGCUUCAGGACCCGAUGAAGAGACUAGCUCCGGCUCUGUUUGAGAAGAAGGUAAAGGACGCACUAUUAGAAAUGAGUUAUUAUUCUAUCCAAGAGUUCCUGGAUAACCCUCCAGAUUUAAAAUAAAUGUAUGUAUUGUCCCAUAUACACUUACAUGUACAUAAUUAUAUGACGCGCCAUGUAUUAUUUAUUGAUGGCAAUAAAUCUAUUAUUAUUAUUA